AUGCGAAUGUACUUCGUCCUUUCCGUCGCCGCUGUAGCUGUUGCCAGCGCUGCAUUGCGAAGUACUGGAGAACUUGGCGAUGCUCCAGUCGUCAAAAACCCACAAGGUAUCGUCUAUGAGGCGAUCCUCCCGGAUAGGCCCUUCUUCAAGGCAGGUUCCACGACUAGAAACGUGCGAGGGACCAUCACCGCCAUGACAGCUCGGGAUGGCAACGGCGUCGAGCUCACAGUUGAAUUUUCGGAUCUGCCGACCGAGGGCGGCCCGUUUGCCUAUCACCUCCAUGCUGAUCCGGUUCCGGAGGACGGCAACUGCACGAAAAAACUCGCGCACCAUGACCCCUUCAUCCGUGGAGAAGGUACACCGUGCGAUGCCUCGAGGCCAGAGACUUGCCAAGUUGGAGACCUCAGCGGUAAGCACGGCUCUGUCGCCGGCGAGCACUACCGUCAGACAUACGUCGAUCGCUAUCUUUCAAUCGUGCAGGGGCCAGGCUCGUUUUUUGGCAAUCGUAGCUUCGUACUGCAUUUCGCAAACAAGACGCGGAUCACCUGCGCCAACUUCAAAUUGGUCGAGAGCGCUCCGCCAUACAAUAACGGGACCGGCAUUCCCAGUGCCGUUCAGGCGACCGGUGCUGCACCUAUUGCAACUCCUCAUCACCACGUGCCAUUUGUCGGCGCGGCAUCGACAAUGGGCGUGUCAAUUUUCUUUCUGUGCUUGACGUGUACUGCGGCCUACCUAGUCGGCGAUAUUGCCAAUAUUUAA